GUUCCCCCUCUGUGCGUCUCAGGGUCAUCUGGACUGUCUGGAGGUCAUCCUGGCUCACGGGCCAGACAUUAACGUGACAGAUGGCCCAGGUGAGAUGACAGUCUCAUUCAGUGAACAUGUUUAGUGUCACUGAUCACCAAGGCUUCAGUGCCAUUCACCUAGCAGCCAAGAACGGCCAGCCUGAGUGCCUGAAGAGACUAAUACAGGAGAAACCACAGACAGCUUUGGUCAGAAAGCGUUGCAUCACACAGGUAUGCAAUGCCCUAGCUAUAAUGCAAUUGAUUACAGGACCAUCUGUGUAACACUGUAAACAACCCAACCUUUUAAUACAUUCCAUUUGUCUAGCUAUGGUGUCUAGCUAUGGUGUCUAGCUAUUGUGUCUAGCUAUGGUUUCUAGCUAUGGUGUCUAGCUAUAUUCCUUCAGCUGUGAGUGGCUGCUUGUCCUGCACCGAGACUCUGUGGGACUUUAAGGCCAGUCUGGAUGCCCAGGAUGGGGUAAGUGGCGUAGGCUUCAGACUGCCUCUGUACAGCAACAAUCACCAAGCCAGGUCCUGGAGAACUACAGGAUGUGCAGGGUUUUGUUACAGCCAAGCACUAAAAUGAGAUUCAAUCAACCAUGUUAAGCCAUUGUGGUUUCGUCUAUCUCAGGAUGGGGUGAGCCCGCUGAUCCUAGGAGCCUAGAUGAGCAGAGUGGAGCUGUGUGUUUUCCUGUUGGACAGAGGGGCCAACCCCAACAUACAGGACAACCGGUGCAGAUAAUUCAACAUUAGAGUGACUUAUGCAAGACAAACUGUGAACACAACUGAAAGGUCAAGUUCAGUUUGUUUUUGUAAAGACAUGUUAGGUGUCCAGACAAUGUUUUUGCGAUUUCACUUGGUUUUAGAAACUUACCCCACCGGCAAUAUACUUCCUCAUGCUCCUUCUGCUGUUGCAGGGGCAGAGAAACAUGAACAAAGGCUCCAUAAACCCAAUACAUUUCCGUAGUCGAAUGUGAACAGGUUUUCUCGUUCCCAUUGUGGUGGUACGGGAAAAGAGAAAGAACGUACACGGAAAUGUAUCGCUCGAGUCCAACAAAAUGGAAUAUACUGUUGCGGAUAAAGUUUGGAAUGACAAAAUGUCAUAUGUACAACAUCUAAAGACCUGUGUCACUAUACUGAGAGCGUUGCCAUUUCUAAAAGGAUGUAUUUGGGUGUUUUUGGAGCCUAUGUUCAGGUUUGAUCUCUGCCCCUGAAACUGUAGAACGAGCAUGAGGAAGUCUAUCACUGCUGGGGUAAGUUUCUCGAAACCAAAUGAAAUUGCAAAAAAGGGUCUGGACACAUUCCAUUUGCAUCAAACAUAGAGAUUUGGUGAAAAAAAGUAUGUCCUGGUUUUUGUGGUGUAGGUCAGCCCUGAUGCUGGCCUGUGAGAGUGACAGUGCAGAGACAGUGGAGGUGUUGCUAAGGGGGGGGGGGCUAACCCACCGAUGGCCGACGCCUUCGGACACGACGCAGCCCACUACGGCAUAACCGCCGGCAACCAGCGCAUCGCACAGCUUCUGCAGAACUGUCUUCCAGCCACUGAGGACAAUGGCGAGGAGAGGCAGCCCCCACCUCCCCCUCCUCUGCCAGGGAGGACCACCCCCUGCAAGAGGAAAGCCCCUCCUCCACCUCGCUCCCCUCCCCAGUCUCUAGAGACACGGCGCUCUAAUCAGGCCAACCUUACGGAGAAUGAGGUUUUUGAGGAGAUCCGAAGGCUGUGUCUGGAAAGGGGGCGUCUGCUCCAGAAGAUUAAAGGUCUGGAGCAGCAGCAGAACAGCGCACCCACUGCCUUGAAGGAGCUGACCCAGCUGAGAGAGUGUCUGGAACAGGCGGAGGCAGAGCGGGACAGGCUACAGACUGAGCUGGGGGAGCUGAAGGCAGGUCAGGUGAUCGGAGCCAGUGACUCAGAUGAUGACAUACUGGACUUCCUAUGUGUUGAGAAGCUGCUCUCCAGGCGGUCCAGAGAGUCUCCCUCUGCUCUGGAUGAGGAGGAGGCAAACUUCCCGAACUCCACCUCUCCUUGUCCUGCAGACCCAGACACUGUGGCUGAGCUAUGCAGACAGGUGGAUGAGCUGACCUCACAGAACCAGGAGCUGGUCCUCAAAGUGCAUAUGCUGGAGAUGUUUGAGAAGGAUGACCCUGACAUUCAGACAACCAGCCCAGACUUUGUCCCCACGGCCCUGUAUGACUGACUCAGGAGGGAGUUUGAAGCUCUACAGGAGCGCUACUCCCAGGCCCAGGCUAAUCUGAAAACAAGACUCCUUAAAUUCUAUCAGCAUAUCGAUUGUGCUACCAGGGCUGGUAAAAACCUGGAUCAUUGUUAUUCUAACUUCCGCGACGCAUAUAAGGCCCUCCCCCACCCUCCUUUUGGAAAAGCUGACCACGACUCCAUUUUGUUGCUCCCAGCCUAUAGACAGAGACUAAAACAGGAAGCUCCCACGCUCAGGUCUGUUCAACGCUGGUCCGACCAAUCUGAUUCCACGCUUCAAGCUAUCACGUGGAUUGGGAUAUGUUCCGCAUUGCGUCAAACAACAACAUUGAUGAAUACACUGAUUCGGUGAGCGAGUUUAUUAGCAAGUGCAUCGGCGAUGUCUUACCCACAGCAACUAUUAAAACAUUCCCAAACCAGAAACCGUGGAUUGAUGGCAGCAUUCGCGCUAAACUGAAAGCGCGAACCACUGCUUUUAGCCAGGGCAAGGUGACCGGAAACAUGACCGAAUACAAACAGUGUAGCUAUUCCCUCCGCAAGGCAAUCAAACAAGCUAAGCUUCAGUAUAGAGACAAAGUAGAGUCGCAAUUCAACGGCUCAGACACAAGAGGUAUGUGGCAGGGUCUACAGUCAAUUACAAAAAGAAAACCAGCACCGUCGCGGACCAGGAUGUCUUGCUCCCAGACAGACUAAACAACUUCUUUGCUCGCUUUGAGGACAAUACAGUGCCACUGACACGGCCCGCUACCAAAACCUGAGGACUCUCCUUCACUGCAGCCAACGUAAGUAAAACAUUUAAACGUGUUAACCCUCGCAAGGCUGCAGGCCCAGACGGCAUCCCCAGCCGCGUCCUCAGAGCAUGCACAGACCAGCUGGCUGGUGUGUUUACGGACAUAUUCAAUCAAUCCUUAUCCCAGUCUGCUGUUGCCACAUGCUUCAUUGUUCCUGUUCCCAAGAAAGCUAAGGUAACUGAGCUAAACGACUACCGCCCCGUAGCACUCACUUCCGUCAUCAUGAAGUGCUUUGAGAGACUAGUCAAGGAUCACCUGCACCCUACCUGACACACUAGACCCACUCCAAUUUGCUUACCGCCCAAAUAGGUCAACAGACGAAGCAAUCGCAACCACACUGCGCACUGCCCUAACCCAUCUGGACAAGAGGAAUACCUAUGUGAGAAUGCUGUUCAUCGACUACAGCUCAGCAUUUAACACCAUAGUACCCUCCAAACUCGUCAUCAAGCUCCCUGGACCCUGGGUCUCGACCACGCCCUGUACAACUGGGUACUAGACUUCCUGACGGGCCGCCCCCAGGUGGUGAGGGUAGGUAACAACAUCUCCACCCCGCUGAUCCUCAACACUGGGGCCCCACAAGGAUGCGUUCUGAGCCCUUUCCUGUACUCCAUGAUCACCCACGACUGCGUGACCAUGCACGCCUCCAACUCAAUCAUCAAGUUUGCAGACUACACAACAGUGGUAGGCUUGAUUACCAACAACGACGAGACGGCCUACAGGGAGAAGGUAAGGACCUUCGGAGUGUGGUGUCAGGAAAAUAACCUCACACUCAGUCAACAAAACAAAGGAGAUGAUCGUGGACUUCAGGAAACAGCAGAGGGAGCACCCCCCUAUCCACAUCGACGGGAAAGUAGUGAAGAGGGUAGUAAGUUUUAAGUUCCUCUGCGUACACAUCAUGGACAUACUGAAUUGGUCCACCCACACAGACAGCGUGGUGAAGAAGGCGCAGCAGCAUCUCAGGAGGCUGAAGAUAAUUGACUUGUCACCAAAAGCACUCACAAACUUUUACAGAUGCACAAUCGAGAGCAUUCUGUCAGGUUGUAUCGCCGCCUGGUACGGCAACUGCUCCGCCCACAACCGUAAGGCUCUGCACAACGCAUCACUGGUGGCAAACUACCUGCCCUCCAGGACACCUACACCACCCGAUGUCACAGGAAGGCCAUAAAGAUCAUCAAGGACAACAACCACUCAAGCCACUGCCUGUUCACCCCGCUAUCUAUCAUCCAGAAGGCGAGGUCACUGCAGGUGCAUCAAAGCAGGGAUCGAGAGACUGAAAAACAGCUUCUAUCUCAAGGCCAUCAGACUGUUAAACAGCCACCACUAACAUUGAGUGGCUGCUGCCAACAUACUGACUCAACUCCAGCCACUUUAAUAAUGGAAAAAGUUAUGUAGAAAUGUAUCACUAGCCACUUUAAACAAUGCCACUUAAUAUAAUGUUUACAUACCCUACAUUACUCAUCUCAUAUGUAUAUAAUGUACUCUAUACCAUCUACUGCAUCUUGCCAUCUUUAUGUAAUACAUGUAUCACUAGCCACUUUAAACUAUGCCACUUUUAUAUGUUUACAUACCCUACAUUACUCAUCUCAUAUGUAUAUACUGUACUCUAUACCAUCUACUGCAUCUUGCCUAUGCCGUUCUGUACCAUCACUCAUUCAAAUAUUUUUAUGUACAUAUUCUUCAUCCCUUUACACUUAUGUGUGUAUAAGGUAGUUGUUGUGAAAUUGUUAGGUUAGAUUACUCGUUGGUUAUUACUGCAUUGUCGGGAACUAGAAGCACAAGCAUUUCGCUACACUGUCAUUAACAUCUGCUAACCAUGUGUAUGUGACAAAUCAAAUUUGAUUUGAUUUUAUUGUAAUUGAAGAUUCUAACACAAUAUGCCAACUAUAGGUAAGCCUCUCACUUCA